AUGAUUUUUUCUCAACUAUCCGUUUCUCCUAACAGUGCCUACUCGACCGGUGUACAGCCAACAUCACCAAUUAAGGAUGAUGUAUUCAUCUCAGACCAGUCCACAUGCACUGUGGUCAGAUCGCCCAGUUUUGGUGAACAUUUUCGAACCCGUGCGAGUUCAUCCAGUCGUCGACGGAAUUUCACCUCGCUAGACACAGAACGAUCCGUGACCACACCGGCCAGCGCAAAAGAUGAACCCCAAUCGCCCCAAAAUCAGCAUGCUCAUCGUCAUCCCUCUCCACUUCCGGUUUACGGCGGUCCGUGGACCAGCAAAUAUGACCCUUUGCCCUCUCCGCUUCUCGAAUUGGAAAAAAUGGAAUUGUUUCCUCUUUCUGGUCAGUAG